AUGGCCCCCUCGCCGCGCAAACGCGCCGCUCCCACCGCCACAACAGUCUUCAACACCACCUGGAACGAGGCCGAUGCCGCAUAUCUCGACCCCAGCACGCUGCCCGUUGCCAAGAUCCCCCGCGCCUGGGAGCGCAAGCCUGAAGUGAAGCGGAUUGGCCAGGGAAAGGAGAAGAAGAUCUGGCGGCGAUUCAACCUGCGCUCGCGUACCGACACGGCCGAGGACGACGAUGACGACGAGCAGGAUGCGCGCUCGAGGCCCGUCAAGAAGCGCCAGCACAUGAGUCCCAAAGCCAUGGAGAAGACUGGAAAAAAGCGCGCCUUCAAGGCCACGCGCUGGGACCGCAGGAAGAGCGUGCUGCCAAGAAAGCGAACUGCUGCCUUUGGAGGGCCGGCCGAAAAUGGUGACGACGAGGGAGACAGUUGCGAUAUUACCGAAGGCGACAGCGCAAGCUUCAACGACAUGGACGAGACGAUGCAGGGGCAAGAGACAGAAGAGCACCAUGACAUGGAAGACGCCACUCUUGCCAAGCUAUUCCGCUCGCCUGUCAAGGUCGAAUAUCCCGAGCUUCCAGAGAUUGAACAAAGGUCUGAAGCAGUCGAAGAGGCGGCGGAUGUGGAGAUUCCAGAGCAGACCGAGGCUAUCACAGAGACUCUCGAGCAAACCGAGGCGGCCAAUGAAGCAGAGACUGCAGAGCAGACUGAGACGGCCGAGAUUCAAUAUCCCACAUUACCACUCGUCAAAUCUCCGGAAACGCAUUUGAGCAAUACCUACGAUGCAGACAAGGCGGAUGACGUAUCAGACUCCGCAGAAGCAUGCGACUCGGACGAAGAAUUUACCGAAGCCUCGCUACAGCUGGAUAUCCUACGCGACUAUCAAAAAUCCUCGCAAACCCCACCGACAAGGGAAAAUGAGAUAUCUAGAGUGGAACAAUCUCAGGAUAUAUCUGAAAACUCCACGGAAGCAAGCCCCGCUGAAAGUACUCCUGUCAAAACUGAGCGGGACGAUUCCAACGAGACAAUCCAAACAAACUCACCCCAGGACCAUGCCAUGACUGAUAUCACAGAUGGGCUAGUCCUCUCACUGACCCCCACGAAAUCUGCUUCUACCCCGCGGAAACUGGAUUCACCCCCACCUCGCCUUGCAUCCGGUGCCGAAGAUACAACCAUGACAGUCUCCUUUGACGAUGACACAGCCAUGCUCAAGGACUUUCUCAACCGCGCUGCCGCCAGCAAGGCUGAAAAAGCUGCCCUCACCACCCAUCGAAGGGAGUCUUUGCAGAACCGUCGUGAUUCCGAUGUCGUUCGAUAUGCUUUGGCCUCUCCUCGCAAGGCGCUUGAAGAAAAAGACCCCAAUUCGCCAUCCAAACACACCACCGAGUUGACGCUGGAUCUCUCACAGACACCAACACUGAGUGCCCCUAGCGAGACUCCAUCACCCACGCCGGACGUAGCCGUACCCGAAGGCGCAGAAGAAGCGAACAAGGGCACAAGGCGCUCAUCAAGAGCAAAAAAGUCACGACUACCCGCGCCAGCAUCAAGCGGACCAGCCCCAACCCCCAAGAUUGCCAUUCGCCGCAACGACGGAAACGAAGUCGUUGUGCUGAAAAAGGACGACGCAAAGGUUUUGGCCGACCUGACUCGCGCCAACACACGCAAGAACAAGCAGGGCGCUUUUUGCGUUACCGUUCGCCUGAUGAAGGCGCAAAUGGAGGCAAUUGGCCAGCCCCCUGUUGACGACGCAACCAAGGAGAUUGUUGUUGGGAAGAACGUGCGCUGGGACGAGCAGCUAGCAUACUACCAAGAGAACCCAGACACCAUCGCCAAUGCCUUGGCAGAAGCCGAAUCGCUAGCGACACCCGACGAACUUAGUUUCUCGGAUACCGGCUCGGAGCCCAAGAAGAAAAAGGAAAAAAUAAGCAAGACAUCCACCCCCAAAGUUCGGAGAGCAAGGGGCUUGGGUACCGCCAAUGGGACUCCAGCAAAGGGCCUGACAGCAUCCUCGUCGCUUCUUCCCGAGGCUGUCCAGCAGGAAAAAGAAAAAGGUAGGGAAAAGGCCGCAUGCCCUGCCAAACAAGCGGAAAUCCCAAAGCCAAAAGUCGCAAAGGCGAAGAAAAUGCCUGUGGCGUCUACCUCGAUUGACGCCAGCGUCUCGUCAAACACAGCAUCGCCUCGCCUUCCCUCUCUAGAUGUCGCUCCCGUCGGCAUCUCUUCCACAGCAGCACCACAGCGAAAAAGCCGUCUUGCUGCUCCGCGAAAAGUCGUCCUGCCACAAGUCUCUUCCUCAUCCACAAGCACAGUCGGAGACGGCAAGGAGAACUCGACGUCGCUACGAUCAUCAUCAGCCUUUGGCCUGGGCCUCAGCGAUGCAACGCCCAAAAAGGGGAUUCCCGCGCCCAAAGUCGUGGUUCCGCCGUCUUCUUCCACUUCAAUCCCGAGUGUAGCCGGCAUGGAGUCGUCAGGCUUGCCUAGACGGAGGGGCAAGAAAUACUAGUCC